AACAAUAUGCAAAGCAGCAAAAGGGUGAUUGUUAACCUUAAAAAUUUCUUUUUAUCGUCCUAAGAAUUUAGUUAAAACCCAAAUGUGGGUAUUAAGAAAAAGGAGGAAAAGGAGGGGGGAACAUAACAUGGUAUUGCGGGUAUGGACUGACACACACCGUGUGCUCCUAAAACAAAGCACAACGAUAUGUGUGUUCUUGGUUUCUUAUCUCUCUCCUCUCUCACACCUCCCAUCCCUUUUGUUUGCGACUGUUUGUCCCAAGCAAAUGGAGAGAAGAGGGAAGUAAGCAAAGCAAAGCAUGGCAUGGCGUAUCUCUAGAAAACUUGAUUCUUUCAAUCCCCCCUUUCUUCCUUUCUUUCUUUCCUUCUUUCUUUAUUCAUACAUAUUUUUUGGGUUUUCUUCUUCACUUUUAUUUGCCCAAGUAAAAAAAUAGGAGAGUCCUAGUGAGAAGUGUCAAGUGUCCUACUCUCUCCUUGAAGUUGCAGAUGGAAAACCCUAUUUAAAUAGAAGAGGGGGCAGUAGCCCCAAUUGCUUCCUCCCAUGCACUUGUCUUUCUCCUUCUUCAUCCUACACACCACUACCUAAACCUUCUUCUUCUUCUUCUUCUUCUUCUUCUUCUUGUCAUCGUCAGUUCUCAAGACCACUGCUCUAUCUACCAGUCUCUCAGCUUUCUUCCAUCUUUCUUCUUCUUGUUAGGCAUAAUAUACAAGCAUGUCGAGCCGGAGGUCGAGAUCAAGGCAGUCAGGGAGCUCGAGGAUCUCAGAGGACCAGCUCCUUGAUCUUGUUACCAAAUUGCAGCAGCUACUCCCUGAGCUCAGAAACAGUAGACGUGCUGAUAAGGUGCCGGCGGCGAAGGUGUUGCAGGAGACGUGCAACUACAUCAGGAGCUUGCACAGAGAAGUGGACGAUCUCAGCGAGAGGCUCUCUGGGUUGCUCGAAACCACUGACAGUGCUCAAGCUGCACUCAUUAGGAGCUUACUCAACUACAACUAGCCACCUAGCUUCCUUCCUAGUUUCGCCUACCUAGCUACUACUGUACUGCCUUUUUUCUUCUUCUUCUACUACUAUUUCGCACUUCAGUUUUCCUUCCUGCUUCUUGGAUCUACUAGUUAACCCGGUUAUUCGACCCUCGAUAUAGAUGUGGGCUAAUGGGGUUUUUUCCAUUUUUAUGGCUCUACUACUGCAUUGAUUUUUCCUCUCUAAUCAGUCGAUCUAUGGCCCCAAGUUUGAGAUCAGUACUGAAACUGUAGCGCUUGCUUAACAGCUAGAUCACAAGUGCUCCCUCUUCCCCACCAACCCAUAUGAUGAUGAUGAUGAUCAGCUUCCCUUUUUGGCAAGCCUGUGUAUGUUUCAUUUCACAUUACAAUGUAUGUCAUAUAAGAAUAAUUAUAAUAAUAAUAAUAGUUACUAAUGAUA